AGAACUGGGAAAACACCAAUGCCAUUUGAAUGGUUCUCAUUUCUCGUCCAUCUUUUGCGGAAUGCGAAGCUCCGCACCAAAGUCAACCGAAACACAAGAAAAAUCCACUCGACGCCUUGUCGACAUGCUGUCACACAAAUAAAUCAAAUGGAACUAUCAUCUUUAGGUUGCCUCCCGUAGUUAACUUGGUGAUCCCAUCUUCAUCUUCAACAGAAUAAUGCCAAAGCGUCCAACAUCUCCCAGCGCUACUACAUGUACUACUGGUGGCAGCACUGUGCUGCACAAGACUCCCAUCUUUUGGGUACUGUUGGGGCUGUUGUCGAUAAUCUUGUUGUUGACGUUGCCGUUCAUGUACUCUCAACUGGAGACGAUUCAACGAGACGAUGAUCCUAUGCAGUUGUUGGGAAGCAGUGUUGGAGAUGGAUGGCUCCAGGAUGAAGCCGUGAGGCGAUUCCAGCAUCACCGAAACAAGAGAAAGAGGAAACAUGAAAAGCUCCAGGAUGCGAUUCCCAUUGGAAUGGCCAUGGGUGGUGGCGAUGGCGGUGACAAUCCUAAAUUUGUGGAAGCCAUUCACAAGUUUGCUGAGUGGAAACAUCACGAGGCCAAACGUCGUAAGAAACGUGGUAUUCCAUCCUGUCGAGAAGAGUUUGAGGAGAGACAAGGUUACGGAAGUGAGAAUGUGCGAGAUUUGAAGGAGCAUGUUCGACAAACUCUGCGUGUUCCAGAUCGUCCAUCUCCUCCCGAUGUCCCCUACAAUAUCUACAACUGUCCAGACAUUCCUCCACGAAAUUAUCCAUACACUUGGAAUACCCUCAAGGUUUUGGGACAUUGGAAUCCCGAUGACACCGAAAUUCCACCAACGAUUCAUCAAUCCCUGUGUGUCUUUGACUGGGAAACGGACCAAGACAAGGCACUCGCAUAUCGAGAUAUGCAGGUCCCCUUUGUCUUGCAAAAUGUACCCGAAGUCAUGAAGGCAUCCAUGCGAUGGACGUCCAAAGGAUACCUGGACAAAUUGCUGGGAGAUGAACCCAUUCGAAACGAACACUCUCUCAACAAUCAUUUCAUGUACUGGAAAACACGACAUCCCCUACCCAACUUUGAACCACCCACUGAAUUUGUCAAGUUAACCUAUCCAGAAUGGUACCAACGGGCACGGCACCUUGAUGAAAAGUAUGGCACAACCGAAACAAAGCUGGAUCAAGUCAACAAGGAACACUGGUACUUUCGGCUCAAUGCCAUGCUCCAAGAGCAUGGAAUGGUCUAUGAAGAGCUACCCUUUUUUGAUCCCUCACUGGGAGAAACCAUGACCAUGGUCGAUCCUACCCAACAUCGGGGUAUCAAUUGUCGAUUUGGAAUGAAGGGGGUCAUUGCCGAAACCCAUUUUGAUUCCUCCACCAAUUUCAUUGCCCUCAUGGGAGGCCAGCGGCGAUACAUUCUUGCCCAUCCGGAUCAAUGUAUCAACAUGGAACUGUACCCUCAACACCACCCCAGUGGAAGGCACUCCUCUGUCAACUGGUCCACCGCAGCCGAGGAGUUUGAGCAUGUUGAUCGGCCCUUUUCUCAUGGACACGUGAAUGAAGUUGUCCUGCAAGCUGGAGAUCUCCUGUACCUUCCUACCUACUGGUUUCAUUUCAUUGUAUCACUCAAUAUGAAUUAUCAAUGCAAUUCACGAUCAGGAGUCUCCCAUGAAUAUGAUGGUUUCAUUGCUGAUUGCGGAUUUGGGGCUUCCACAAAAGGAAAGUAGGGUCGACAUCAAUAGAAGCAACAAGAACGACACAACCACAUUGGCGGUGGUUUAGUUUUAGGUUUUCACUGCUGUACCUUAGCUGCAAAGAUACAGAGCGAUGCCGUAUGUAACUAGCUAGGAAACAAGUUUGGUAGUUUG